AGAUUCUCAUGGGAACUCUACUAUUCACGGUUGCAGUUUUUCUGUUAGAUUCUUUUGAAUCCAGACCAAGUGAUAGUGAAGUAUAUACACGUAAGAUUUAUACAUAUAAUGAGGAAGAUACCUUCCGACUCACGGGCGAUCCUAAUACAUAUCAAAGGAUUAGAGAGGUGCUAAAAGAUAAUGGGAAAAUAAGAGUAGAGUUCGUGAAACUUAAUAAUGCUCAUCAACCGACAAGGAUAAUUAAGCACAUAGUCCUUCAAGAUGGACAGAUCCAGCAUGAGUCUGGGGAACCACUGCAAGGAUGGAACGCAUUGAAUCAAUACCUACAAUCACGAGAACUUCUUCGUGUACAAACCGAACGUUUAGAAAACCUACAACAUAGGACACAGAGAUCACAAAAUAGCCCACAAAGCUCAAAAAAUUGACCACUAAGCCGAACACGCAAUCCCUCGGCCGUGAUUUGGAAAAACACCUCUAACUACCAAAAAAAUCGAAAAAUGAUUUAGUUAUAUCGUUGGAAUUUGGGAAGAAAAGAUAAACCUGAUUAUUAAAAUAAUUGACUUGCUUGCAAAGUGCCCAUCUGAGUUGUAGAUGGCGCCACGUGACGACAUAUUCAAUCGCACAUUCACGACAGAGCGACGACUUGUUUCGUCUGAAAAUAGUGAACAAAAUCAGCGAUUUCUCAAUCCUCGACAUGAGCUUUGAAAAAUAGCAUGUUUUUCCACUACUAGUAGGAAAAAGUCUUAUAACAAGUGGGGAAAAGUACGUGGAACAGUGGAAAGUAGUGAUGCUCUGUGGGCGCUUUACAACAGAGUCAAUGUACACUCGAACUCCAAAGAUACGAGAAGCUCGAGAACCAGGCACUCUAAAGAUACAAACGAACGCGCACGUCGAAUUUAAGGCAGCGCACAACCGCGCGCGCUAGGUUCUCAAAUAAAGCGGGGUAGAGUGGGAAAAAUUCCGCUCACUCCUUUGGAGUCGGGACGCUCGUAUCUGUGGAGCAACCGUAUAUUUGGAUCUCGUAUCUUUGGAGUUCGCGGACAAUGGUUGAUUAUGAACUCGCAUUCUUGCCGCGCUCGCUCGUCCACAAUCGACAUUUUUUCCCACUCGUAGCAAAAUAUAAGUAACUGACCGUUAACUGCAAGCGUAAAUCAUAGACGGCGGAAUGUGUUACUUAAAAAUUCGAGAAAAGGCCGU